UUUGGACAAGACUUUACCAGGGCCAGGCCAUGAAUUCCCCGGAACCCAUCCCUCUCCGCCCCUCAGAUCCUCUUACUUAGUCUAAAGGUUCGGAGUGGCCAGAUGGAAACUACGGGACUCAAACCCUUGCCUCGGUGUAAUUCCCGCGGCCCUGGGCCGUGCGUGGUUCUUCCUCCCACCCUUCAUUUCCGGUGUCUCGGAUACCCACUGUUCUAGGAUCCUAAAAAUUCGGUCUAUGGUUGCCGGGGGAACGCCAUUUGGCUGCACCCCCGCGGGCAGCCCCUCCCUGCCUAUAGCCCUGUCACCAGCCAAUAGAAACGGGGAUCUUCAGUGAGUGGGCAGGACGUCUUCUAAAGGGCCCAAUGAUGAUCGGGAAUCGUUGAGCGUUUUACCAGUCACGCCGCGGAGUGGGCGGGGCCUCCUGUCUGGAGUAGAAUCCCCCUGGGCUGAGCGGGUAGGCGGAUCGCUGGUUCUGAAUCCAUGUGGCGGGGGUUGUGGAGCCUGGUAGCCCGGGCCGCACGUGGGCCUCGCAGUCCCAGACCAUGCAUGCGCCAGGGCAGCGGCGUCCCGGGAGCCAGUUCCGGGGCCACUAUCUUCGCGCUGAGUUCUGGCCAAGGCCGCUGCGGCAUCGCCGUGAUCCGGACCAGCGGCCCCGCCAGCGGCCACGCCCUCCGGAGCCUCACGGCGCCCCGGGACUUGCCCCCGGCUCGCAGCGCCUGCCUGCGCCUGCUCAGCCACCCCCGCUCCGGGGAGCCGUUGGAUCGCGCGCUGGUGCUCUGGUUCCCAGGUCCCCAAAGUUUCACGGGUGAGGACUGCGCCGAGUUCCACGUGCAUGGAGGCCCGGCGGUGGUGAGUGGAGUCCUGCAGGCCCUUGGUAGUGUGCCAGGGCUGCGGCCAGCUGAAGCCGGUGAGUUCACCAGGCGGGCAUUCGCCCACGGAAAGCUGAGCCUGACCGAGGUGGAGGGGCUGGCGGACCUAAUUCAUGCGGAAACUGAGGCACAGCGGCGGCAGGCGCUGAGGCAGCUGGACGGAGAACUGGGCCACCUCUGUCAUGGCUGGGCCAAGACUCUCACUAAGGCUCUGGCUCAUGUGGAGGCCUAUAUCGACUUUGGUGAGGAUGACAACCUGGAGGAGGGCGUUCUGGAGAGAGGUGGGUCCUUGAAGGGAUGGGGACAUCUGGCAUCUCAGCCCCUGGAGGUCCCCUCACUCCAUCCCCUCCAUCUUCUUGCCUCCACAGCUAACAGCGAAGUGCGAGAGCUGGAGCUGGCACUGGGCGCACAUCUUCGAGAUGCCAGGCGCGGGCAGAGACUUCGCUCAGGGGCGCACGUAGUGGUCGCAGGACCCCCCAACGCCGGCAAGAGCAGCCUGGUGAAUCUACUCAGCCGGAAGCCUGUGUCCAUAGUGUCUCCGGAACCGGGGACCACCCGCGACGUGCUGGAGACCCCCGUGGACCUGGCCGGGUUCCCGGCGCUGCUGAGCGACACGGCGGGGUUGCGGGAGGGCGCGGGGCCGGUGGAGCAGGAGGGCGUGCGGCGCGCCCGCGAGAGGCUUGAGCAGGCUGACCUCAUUCUGGCCGUGCUGGAUGCUUCGGAGCUGGCCUCUCCGUCCAGCUGCAACUUCCUGGACACCGUGGUCGCCCCCACGGUAGCUGGGAGCCCCAGUGGGGACAGCCAGCGCCUCCUGCUGCUGCUGAACAAAUCGGACUUACUGCCUCCAGGCGGCCUGGACCCCAGUCCCAACCUGCCCCCGCACCUGUUGCUGUCCUGCUUGACUGGAGAGGGGCUGGACGGCCUCCUGGAGGCGCUGAGGAAGGAGCUGGCUGAAGUGUGCGGGGACCCGUCCACAGGCCCACCACUCCUGACGCGCGCAAGGCACCAGCAUCACCUGCAGGGCUGCCUGGACGCCCUCGGCCACUACGCGAAGACCAGGGACCUGGCCCUGGCUGCCGAGGCACUGCGACUGGCCCGGGGGCACCUGGCGCGCAUCACCGGCGGAGGGGGCACCGAGGAGAUCCUGGAUGUCAUCUUCCGGGACUUCUGCGUGGGCAAAUGAGGGGCCCCUGGAGCUCUCAGCGAGGCCGGGUGGAUGCCCAGAAGCCUUGAGGCAUGUGGGAGUAGCUUAGGCCAAGUUCGAACAUCACCUCUGGGGGAAUGAGGCAAAGCAGCUAGAGGCGGUGAGCCUGGCGAGGCUGGCGGUGACCAAGCCACAUUCAGCCAGAUUCCCGUGCAGGGACCCACGGGGGUUCAAGCCCUCCCAGAGUGGAGCCCAGCAGAGGUCUCUUUGGUUUUCCUGCUGCUGGAGGAGUAGGAGUGGAAGGUUGGGAUGGUGGAGAGGGCCUCACAGACCUUUGUUUGUGCUUUUUAACUUAUUUUGCAAACACCAAAGGAAUAUAAAAAAUUCAGGUGAUUCAGAAAUGCUUAAACAUGGAAAUCUCCCUCCUCCCCACAUCCCUUGGGGUCACAGCUUAACUUGUGUCCUUCCAGAAUUUUCUCUGCUCCUUUGAAUCCUUGUAGAUAACACCCAUAAAAUAUGUUUUGUAUUUUGUAAA